AUGUCCAACCAGAAAUCCAGCAACACUCUCUACGCCGUCGCGGACUUCUGCCUCAUUCCCAUGGGGCUGCCCACCCCGUCUGUUGGUCCGCAGAUCGCUGAGUGUCAGCGCGUGCUUGAGAAGAGCGGCCUGGAAUACAGGCUUCACGGCUACGGAACGAACGUCGAGGGCCCGUGGGAUAAGGUAAUGGAGGCUAUCGGAGCGUGUCAUGAGGCUGUGCACAAGAUGGGCACCCCUCGUAUUGCGACCGACAUUCGCAUUGGUACGCGUACAGACCGUGAGAUCUCCAGCGGUGGCAACGACCACAAGAAGGCGCGCGUGGAGGAGAUUCUCGCCAAGAAGGAGUGA